AUGCAGGCGACCCCAUGCUGGCUGUUCGGCAAGCAGAAGCGAGAAGGGACACAGAACAAGGAAGGGCCCAAGGACACGACGAAAAGGAGCGCCGAGAGCAACCUUGCCCUGACUAGGCUUGGCCAGGCCGAAAAGGCUGGGGCAGGCACUGAAAUGCACUGUAAUCCGCCCAAGCUCCCCCAUGUGGGGAAAACCGCCAGCGCUUUUAGUCUCUUUUCUAGGCGGGAAAAGAGGGGAAUGUAG